CAGACCAGUCAGAGACUGCCGUGUCAGUAAGCCGCCGGGAAACAUGACUUGCCUUUAGAUCUCUUACUAAAUUAUUUUGCAAAUUCUUUUGUUUAAAGAUGUUGAGAUCGUCGCAGAUGUGGCUUGUUUGCUUUUUAGUGGUGCGUACGGUCUGUGAGAUGUUUAAUUCCCGCUGUUGUGCCGUUGAAUCGCAUGAACGCACGUUUGAAAAUGGAUAGAGGAAGCCACGUCGAUGUGGUCUUUCAUUCUUCCGAGUUACUACAGAAACUAACUCGUUGAUUACAUUUUGCAGGCUGUACUUUAUUUUCCCAGCUCGUUUUGUGGUCAUGUGGUGCAGCUCACAAGUCAAAAUUUCGAUCAAACACUAGGUAAGGUUUCUGAACUGAUCGACGUACGCGAUUAAGUUUUAAUAUUAUUGUAAGCUAACUUCGACUCCUCUAUCGAGAAACACUCUAAGUCAAAAAUAUUUGUUUCCGGAAAUUUGUCUUACGGCUAUUAACUAUUUCAUUUAUCCAGUAAGGAGUUUCUUCUGAACUUAUUUCCUUGAUUUCUUUUUCUUUCAGCCGAUAAUAAACUGGUUUUCAUAAAUUUUUACGCCGAUUGGUAAGUCACUAUAAUAAAUCAAGCGAACUGGUAUAAUUUUCGUAACAAUCGUACGUUGCUCAGGGGCUUCACAUCAGCUGGAACACUAAACAAAAUAAAGAGCUCGAUCAUAUGCUGCUUUGUUUGAUUUUGAUGUGAAAUGUGGGCUAUUUGUUUUGUUUUGUGUGUGUUUUUUAAUAAGGUAUCAGACUUCCAUUAACAGCCUCUACAUACCGCGUUUAGACUAUUAGACAUGCAUGGUCUCUUUCAGGUCAAAACGUCUCUCAAUUCAGUCAACGAGUUCAAAAUAAUCAGUUUAAUUCUUUCAAAACAACUUUUUCUGAUAAACACUGUAGAUUGUCUUAUACCAAACUGCACUGCAUGUAUACUUCAGCUAAUUUACAAAUUUUGCCUAUUGAUGAUAAAUGCAGAAUUGUAUGUAAAGCUGCUUUUAUGUAAUCGUGGAACACGACUGAAAUUUAAACCAAUGUUUACAUUAAAGGCAAUUUGAAAUUUUUCAAAGCAACUCCAAACCAUAGGAAAACAUACACCUCUCAAGUUACAGUUGAAAAUAAAUUCUGGGAAUAUUACUUUAAAAAGUUGGUUUUUUGGAUGAAAUAAUUUUUGAGAUCAUGGGAUCAAAGAGUUAUCUAAUAUCUAAUAUAUUUAUGAUUUUGCUAAAAUGCCCCCCUUGGAUUAACUACAUUCAGGUAGUCUACACAUACAGAUUCUGAAUUUAGUUUUAAUUCACAGGCAGCAAUUGGCAGUUAAACAUUGGCACAAUUUGGUUGUUAAAAAAGUUUUAUUCAUUCAAUUUUUUAUUACUCACAAUGAAAUAAAAAAGGGCUGUCUUGUAUUUUUUUCAAACUCAUUAAUUAUUCUUAAGGUGAUCAUCUAACCAAGAUACACCAAUUUCAUUAGGUGCACGUGCUUUGAAACCCCACUGAAACACCAGAAUGAUGCACUACCCAUGAGUUUCAUAUAAUAUCAAACCUUUGAGUUUGGUUAAGCUUCAAGCUCUAGUCAACUCAUUCCCCAAAUUGUUAAAUAGUCUUUAUUGCGAAGCUAGGUGCGCAGAAUCCCUUAGGUUCAAAGGAGAGAUCAUCAAAGCUCUUUAUGGCACAGCAUUCAUGGAAAGCAGCUGUAUAGUGUUGUCAUUAUUAUAAUAAAUAGUUAAUAAUUCUAACUCCUUUGUAAACAGCUGAGGAAUCAUCCAUGAUUCACUUAAGUUAAAAGUUAAAAAAAGAUAUAAAAAUAAACAGGGGGGGAAAUAAAACUUCAACUGACUUAAAAAAUAAAAAAUUCCAGCUGUAAUUUGUACACCUGGAUCUUUAAAAGCAAAAAUAUUUAUUUCACAUUCCAAGGACAUAAUACAGAAGAAACUGACUGGAAUUUAGUUGGCUUCUCUAGGACAAUAUUUUGACUGAAUCAUUCCGACAAACUUAUUAAUUAACCCUUUAACUCCCAGUUCAAAUUUGUAAUUCUCCUUACUGUCAACCAUACACUUUCAUAUAAAGUUAGUUCAGAGAAUUUAGUAUUGGAUCAACUAAUUAUCCCCAAGUUGAUAUUUUUCUUUUUUCUCCUCACUUAUCUGGUUGAUAUUGUAUUUGUAUUGUAAGGAGAAAUUCUGUCUUGGUCACCUAUGGGAGUUAAAGGGUCAAGACUGAGUGAUUUGGUCGAAGUAUUUUCCAAUAAAAACCAACAACAUGUAUCUUUCAGUCACAUUUUUCUACAUUAGAUCUUUAAAGUUGACCUUUGUUAGUUUUUUUUCUCAUGAUCACAUGCAUCAGUGAGUUUAUUCCAUACAAUUAACAGUCCAGUUCAUAGCGAAGGUGAUGAAUGUAAUGUAAUUUUAUGUUUUUAUCCUCUCAGGUGUAGAUUUAGUCAAAUGUUAGCUCCAGUUUUUGAGCAAGCUUCUGAUCUUGUCCAUGAAGAAUUUCCGGUUAGCAUUGUUUUUAUUGUUACAUCAAUUGAUUAUCUAUUUCAUUCCCUGUUUGACAGAUAAAUUUCUGUAUUCCUCAGAACUGCUACUCCUUAGAUUUGAGUCUCUGGUUCUUAGGAUUGAGGAUUUAGUUGUACUUUUAAACUCUCAGCAUAUAGUGAGCCAGUACUGGAGAUAGAUUGAGAAACAAUGGUCGGAAGGAAAAGUACCUCUGUAACUUUACUGUGAAACCAUUCUGUCUUGAUCACUGGUGAAAUGAUAAUAUGUACAGGCUUUUAACAGAUUGUAAAGUGUUAGAGUAGUUGUAAGGGUUUCUGCAUCACCCUGGAUCAGAUAAUGCAGAUAGAAGUAUAAUUUCCAAUAAAUGCCACCUUCAAAUGAUUGCUGCACGCAACAUGAAGAAUGCAGCAUUUAUUUGAGGAAUUUAAUUCAUUUUGAUUUAAUAUAAAGUAAGGUACAACUCUGUAAUCUCCACUAUCUAUGAAAAUUUCUCUGAAAAAGAGAGAUGUAAAUUGGUUCUUUGAACAAGGUUUUGUGUCAUUUGAUAGUUACGGAUUAUUUACUGUAACUGUUAUCUGUGGUUUAAGAAAUGACAUUUUAGAAAAAACUCUACCUUUGAUUAAGUGUUGCAUCUCUAAUUUAAUGCAAUAUGUCUCUAUGUAAGAAGAGACAGUGAGCUAGUGUUUUCUCUUUGCAGAGUGGGGUUGUGUUUGGUAGAGUGGAUUGUGAAUCAGAACAAGAGAUAGCACAACGAUUUCACAUCACUAAAUAUCCAACUUUAAAGAUGUGGAGAAAUGCACAGGUAAAACAUUACUGUUAUAAUUAUUUUUAUGAUUGUAUGUUAUUAUAAUGCGUGAUGCAGCAGCCUAACAGUCCAUGGGCUCUAUUUGAGAGGUCCAGGUUUAAGACCUGGCUGGGAUCAAUGUCUUGUCUUGGGCUCCUCUUCACUUUGGAGUAUAAAUGAGUACCCAUGAAUUGUCAAGCAGGCCUGAUGAAAUGCUAGGGGGUAACCUUGCAAUAGAAUAGCAUUCCAUCCAGUAGGGAGUAGUUAUACUCCUGGUCUCUUCAUGCUUUGGAAACUGGGAUAAGUUGUGGGCUACUUUGUUCGCAAACAGACUUUACCUUUAUUAUCCUAUCAAGGCAUUAUCCUUUCUCGUUUGUAAUACAAUAAGUACCUUGAAUCAUCCAGGAUCAUAGUCUGUCCAUCCUAAAAAAGUGACUUGUUUCCUUCCUUAACCCUCCCUGGUCACUCACAGCAUAACACUUAACCCUUUACACUCUAACAUCAGUAUUCAUUUUCACCAUACUGUUCUCUGUACAUUAACUAAGGAACUGACAAGGAGAAUUUGCCUAAUAAUCAAGAGUUUCUUUUGUUGGUGAUCAUUUCUUUCAUUCUCUAAUAUUCAUAUAUCAUCCACAUCUGUACAAUCUAAAUCCAAGAUGGCGUCUUUAUCGUUCGUUUUUGAAACAAAUAAAAAGUUUUGAUUUAUCUUUGCAAAUUUCACUAUAUUAUUGUUUACCAAAGAAGCGACUAACUUUCAGGAUAAUGUAUAGCAAACAGUAUGGAGAAUAUUUUACAAUGUACUUUAUCGUUCCUUGAUGUCAGGGCUACCAAAGGGUCACAUUAGUUAAUUGGAAAUAAAUAUUUACAUUAGUUAAUUCAAAUAUUUAUUGCUUAUUCAGGUUGCAAGGAGAGAAUACAGAGGUCAGAGAUCUGUGGAUGCUUUUUCAAAGUUUAUCAAGGAACAGAUGACAAGCAGAAUUAUAGAAUUUCAUGCUUUGAGUGAUCUCAAUGUUGAUGUAAGUCUGAUAAGAAAAGUGAAGCAUGUAAUAAAAAGAGAGAAAAAUCCUGGAAAAUAUGGCUAGACUUCUUAAAGAAAACCAUGAAGAUUCUUUCUCCAUUUGGGUAACUUGCAGAUGAUCUGUGAGAAGUGAUAGACAUUCACAUGUAUGUGUUUGUUUUACAUUUCUUUUCAUUUGUUUGCAUUUUCUUACAAGAACUGCAGGGUUUGUUUUGUGGAAGAUCUAAUUUCUUUUAUUUGCUCUGGUCUUUUUUAUCAUGUUCUUGAGUUACUAGGAUACUAUUAAAGUGUCUAAAACCUUGGACUAAUGGUUGCCUUAUGUAAUUUCAUGGUGAGGUACUUGUCUUUCCCAGGUGCACAUUCCCUUGAAAAACAAGUUGUAGGAGUAUGUUGGGCAAUAUUCCUUUUAGAUUUGUGUAUAUACUGUAGUUUUAUUUGUUUGGUGUUCUGGUUUUGUUUCCACAGACUUCAAAAAGAACUGUCAUUGCUUACCUAGAAAGCAAAGACAGUGACAACUUCAAGACCUAUGAAAAAGUAUGUAUUAAUUGAACACAGUCUGCGCAAUUGUAUGAUUCAAGUUAUUGUUAGGCAGCUUUUUUUAUAAAUUUUUAAAAAGAAUUAGCCGGUACAUAACAUACAUCCAUUUGGCUGCUCUUAAGAAGACAUUACAAAGUGACAACUAAUGUUGACUUCAGUUUGCCACAAUGCUGCCCUUCACUCAUUCAUUGUUGUACAUUUACAGAAAAUAGGGGAGGGGGGAAGAGAGAGGGGGAGAGGUGAAAUUUAAGGUAUCUGGGAUAAACUUGGUGUGCUUUUCCAGAAUAUUGCUAUCCCAAAGGUGAUGUGGCAAUGUUUUGAAGUGGAUUACAAGUUGUUUGUGAUAAUAAUGUUUUGUAGUGGAUUACACAGAAAAAUUGUGUGAUGAUGUUGCAAGGGUCAACAAUACAGUAGAACCCCAUUAACUUGAGCUAAUUUUACUUUCCCUUGGCUCAAAUUUACCCUGAUAACUCGAGCUUUGUGUAAAAACGUUGCUUGAUAAAUGUCAAAGUGUCAGGAUAUAGCUGAUUGAUACUUCCCAAUUAUUCAUGGCAGUUAAUAUGAAUGUGAAAACUUUAAUGGAAACAUGAUGCAUUUAGCUAUACUUCCAAAACUUCGUGUUCUUAUCUGAAAGCUCUCAUAAAACAAACUAAAUGUAUGAAACUGACUGUUGAAAGUGCAAUAAUGGCUAAACCAUUAUUCCUUUUUAUUAUCAAGAGGAUGAUUGAAAUUCAACAUCAACCCAAUAAAUCAAACAGUUGCUAACUGGAACUAGUUUUUGUUUUCCUCGAGAGUCAAAGAUAGUAGGUUUCUAUUGUAUUGCACUUGAUUAACACACUUUCACAUUGAGUGUGUGUUUGCCAAUUGUGCUUCAUGUCAAUUUUUGGGCUGUUGUUUUUCAAGUAACAGGUGUGUGUGAAAGUUUUGUAGUUUGUUUCUCAUCAUACUAAUUUUUUUUUCUUUUUUUUUUAGGUGGCAGAAGAAUUCAGAGAUGAUUGCAAUUUUCAUGUUGGAGUUGGGUAUGUUUAUGGAAAAGCUUUAAUUUGUAAAGUCGUCACAAUUGAGUGAGUGCAUGAAUUAGAUGCAACUUCAAAUUCUCAUUGAGUUUCACACAGGGUUACAAGACAAAGCAAAAGGAUACUUAAGAAAUCUAUAAUAAAUCAUUUGCAGGGCAUUUUUAAUGUACUUUUUCAAAUGAUGGCUAUCAUGGAUACAGCCACAGCAGUCUUUUUCUAUAUUCAAAUUUAGUAACAUUCACUAAUUGUUUGUUUUUUUAGGGAUGCUUCUCUCAAAGAAAGACAGACAGGAGAAAACAUUGUCUUCAGGCCUCAGCAUGUGGGUGCAUAUGGAAUAAAUGAUAUUAAUUGACAUUACAAACUAAUUGUGGGCCAGUCUUUUGAAGUGGAGUGACCUCUAUUAAUUGUUUGGGCCAGAUGCUGAACCAAAUGAGCUCCUUUAGUUGGGAGACAAGAAAGUAAAUCAUUUAAGGAACCAAGGUUUUGACAGGAAACUAGAAAUUUCAGCAUUAGCAACCAUUAUUUAUAUGAUGAUGCACUUGGUACUUCUGCACUCAUCUUCUUCCUUGUAACAAAAUUUUGUCCCUUUACCCUUUACACCCUAACAUCAGUAUCAAUAUCCUUCACACUAUUUACUAUACAUUUCCUAAGGUGCUGACAAAGAGAACUUCUUUGAUAAUCAAGAGCUGAUUUAGUUGGUGAUCAUUUCCAUUAUUCUCAUUACCUUAAUGUUUGAUUCAGGGGUGAUAUUGUAAGGAGAAAUUAGAUGCUAGUCACUCUUAGGAGUUAAAGGGUUAAGUUAGAGAAAGAGUCUUAGUGACACACAGAUGCUGUGGGUUGUAGAGAGCUGACCUUUGAUUCAAAAAAGUGCAAAAGUUAAACUUUGUCCCAACUGAGUUUUCAUAGUAAGCUACUCUCUUGAAGACGAGACACAUUGGUUUAUUGUUAUUUUCUUUUUCUCUUGUUGUUUUUAGAGAGGUGUUGAAGGAGAAAUGGUUUUCAUGGGAGAUCUUCGCAACUAUGAACUCAUGAAGAGUUGGAUUUCAGACAAGUGUAUUCCUCUGGUCAGAGAGAUAACUUUUGAGAAUGCUGAAGAACUUACUGAAGAGGGUAUUCCAUUUCUUCUUCUAUUCCACCAUCCUGAUGAUAAGCAAAGUGUGGAACUGUUCAAAACAGAAGUCGCAAGGGAGCUUGUCCAGGAAAAGGGUGAGAGAAAAAGAAACCAUAAUUUAUAGAUAUACGUAGAUGCCUUGAGUUACUUUGUUUUUUGCCUUACAAGGCAAAGGAUACUGUGAUCACAUACUCUUAGUCUGAUCAUACAGGCUAGGUACAGUUUACAUGAAACAAUGUAAAUCUUGAAAAGGACUCAUUUAGUUACAUGAAGCACUGACUGAAGUCAUUAUCAGAGUCAUUUUAGUCCGCAUAGCUCAAGGCCUUGUAAUUUCCAACAGGCAAAGAAUGCUUGUGCAGAAGUUCUAAUAAUGGGGACUGGCUCACAUGCUUAACUGAAUUAUAGAAGUAGGCAAAGCUUACUGAUUAGCAGAAUGGACUUUGGAUCAAAAGAAGGCUGUUGAAGGGUUGGCCAGGGUUACUGUUCUUGGACAAGAUGUACAUUUAUUACUUUCAAAAUCCUUCCCCCCCUUCCCCCCCUCCCUGCUUUUUGGGUGGUAGCAUAGAUGCUAAAAAGCUCGGCUAGUGGUUGUUUCAAAUCAGCCUGUUCAUGUUGGUUUGCUACCUCUGCAGGAAGCAUCAAUUUUCUUAUUGCUGAUGGGCUCAAAUUCUCUCAUCCACUGCAUCACUUGGGAAAAGGACCUGAGGUGAGUUACUUGGAUUCAAUCAUUUUUGGACUGGUUUUGAAGCAAAGAAAAAAUACUGCAUUAAUUGGUGUUUGAUAAUUAGAUGUACAUGUAUUUUUCAAUAUAAUAGUUUUCUCUUCUUUUUUACCAGGACCUUCCUCUUGUUGCAAUUGACAGCUUUAAACACAUGUACCUUUUACCAAAGUUUGAUGACAUCAAGUAAGUGAUAAUUAUACAGAUGGAAACCAACAUUGAUGAACUUUAUUGAAUCAACUCAUGGUGACUUCAAACCUUGUGAGAGCUGCAUUAGCUGGUGAUUCUCAAUCAAAACUGUAGCAAAAAUUCUUGAAGUGGUAAUGUGAAGCAACCUGAUUUCAGCAUUUGGAUAGCAUACACAUACUUGUGGCUACUAAAUCAGAUUCCUACUGUGUUGUUUGCUAAAAUUUGUUAAUCAGUUAAACAGUUAAACAGUCUAAUGACCAUGAUUGAAACAAUCAUGAAUGGAAAAAAAGGCAAAGAAAGAUUAAACCCAUUUGGUUUUAAAGGGUUAGUGAUGGUUCUGAGGGGGCCUUUUUUGUCACCACAGGAAACCAGGAAGACUCAAGAAGUUUGUUAAGGAUUUGCACUCAGGAAAACUGCACAGAGAGUUCCAUCAUGGACCUGACCCAGCAGAACAGGGACAUGAGGAAGAAGAGGUGAGUUGAUGCAACAGAAAGAGAAGUGAGGUAGAGAGAGAUUUUGCUUCUCUUACACUAGCUUUUUUUCAAGGGGUAGAAGGGUGCUGGUAAGGAGAAUUUCUUUAACAAUCAAGAGCAUCUUUUGAUAGUGAUCUCUUACUUAUGUCCUUAAAGUUUGAGUUGAGGUAAUUUUGGCAGGAGAAAUAAGAUGCUUGCCACUCUUAGGGGCUAAAGAGCUAGUCCCUUAGAAUGUCUAUCAUGUGAUUUGUCGUUAUGAUAUCACCGAUGAAUCUAACAUUAAGGUCACAAGAAAAAAAGGAAAUAAUCACCAACUGAAGAAGCUUUUGAUUGUUAAACAAAUUCUCCUUGUCAGCACCUCAGGAAAUGCAUAGAAAACAUUAGGAGAAUAUGCAUAUUGACGUUCGGGUGUAAAUGGUUAAGACUCAAGAUCCCUGAAGUAAAAUCCUGUUAGACAGCACACACCCAUUUGUGUUGUGGGAUGGUUUGAUUAUAUAUUGUUUGAAUUUAAGGAGACUACUGAAACAGACAGCCCAGAAGAAGCAGGAACAGAGAAAGAAACAGAAACAGGCCAAGGUACUGAAACGCAGAAGACAGGAUCAGGGAAAACAAACAGUGGAUCGGGACGAAAAGAACAGACUUCACCUCCAGAGACUGUAUUUAAGAAACUUGCCCCAAGUUACAACAGAUACACUUUACUUAGGGAUGAAUUGUAAUUGACUUUGUUUUUAAUGCCCAGCUGUAAAUUUCUAAGCAGUAUUUUUCAAAAUAUAAGUAGAGACAAGGAGAAAAGAAGGGAUUUUGAUAACUGGCGAUGACAAGGAGGGAGGAGAGGAGGCCAGGCAGUUGUGACUCAGUGAAGGAGGGGUAGGGAAUUCCUACUUUAUAACCAGGUUGUUAAAGGUAUAUGCGUUAUGUUGACAUAGAUAUAUAGUGCUACAGUCAUAAUUUAUAAUCCACCACAAUGUUCAAAAUCCCAGAUUUCCAAAUUGGCAAUAGGUGAUCAAAUGGAAGGUAAUAUUUUGACGUAAAUUUUGUUUGCCAGUAGCUUUUCUGUGGAAAAACUCGCAUACAUGAAGGGAAUACUUCUGUAACAGGCUAGAACAUCUAACAAAAUAGUUGUGAAAUCUAUUCUUUUCCCAAGUUCUCUAUUCUUCUCUUCCUUGGAAACAGACCAAGACCAGGCGAUUGGGUGGAAGAAAAACGUUUUUUUUUUUGUUUUUUUUUUAUGUUCUGGUUGGUUGAAAUAAAUUUACAUGUCAACGUCUGUGGUAUCUUCUGUUUAGAAAAGAUAGUGUGCGAUAGAAGAUUAAGGUGCAAUUGAAUAUGGUUCUCGUAUUUGGAUCAAUGACGGUCAAAGUAUCUAAAUAAUUGGGAACCUACCUCUCCCCUGACCCAAAAACAAAGUCAGGGUUAAUGUUGGUUUAGGGGAGGGGUAGGUUAGGUACAGUUACUCAAAUACUGACAUUGAUCCUAUUGUGUUAGCCGUCGUCAGGAAUUUGAGAAUCUUUUCUCGUUUACACAUCACGUAUUGUAGCAUAUGACUGUGGUCUUAGAUGCAUUGUUGUUUCGAGUACGACAACCUGGUAUUUUAUUUAUGACCAAAAAGAUGGCAUACAUUUUUUAGCUUAGUUCAAGAAUCGAAGGGAAGAAAUUUUAUUGUUGAAGAGAAUGUGGAAUUUCUAAACAUCCAGUACAGUCGAACCUCGAUUAUCCGGACUCGUCGGGACCUCGGUAAAUAGUCCGGAUAAUCGAGAGUCCGGAUAAUCGAAAAUAUGAAUAUUAAUGAUUAGUUUUAAAUUACUCCUUCGCUUGUCUCGAUGCUGUCAGUACAUUUUAGGAUCUUGUUUUUGUUCUUACGUCUGUCUGAGAUGUGCUGCUUGCUGAUGCCAAAUUCUUGAGCUAAAUUUGUUCCUUUCUCUCCUUUAUCCAAACGUGAAAUAAUUAUCUAUUUAUCUUUAAUCGAUAGAACGGCUCGCUUUCGCUUCGUAGACAUGUUUUUGAUUUGAGUUUACGAUCGGUCGUUCGAGUGUUUACAUAACCCUCGCGGAAGGAACUAAUGAAGCAUGAAAUUCACUUUGCAACAAAACAAUUGAGCCAAUCAGAUAUCAGCUGAACGCAUCAGUAUAUUUCUUUGUCUCGUCGCACUUUCAAAUUUUGAAAAGCGCACAGGAUAAUACGCUGUUUCAACAAUCUUUUGAAAGGAUUAUUGGGCUUUUUGCGACUUUGAGUUUUCAAGAUCACAACUAAUUAAUAUUCUUGAAAAAAUUGGGACCAGAGAAAAAAGUCCGGAUAAUCGAGUAGUCCGGAUAAUCGAGGUCCGGAUAAUCGAGGUUCGACUGUAUCAAUAUUUCAGGUGGUAAGUUGUAAAACUAUCGAUUCAUGAUUUUAUGUAAUACUCAGAGAACUGUGUGUUUCUUUUAUGUUUGGAAUUAAACUCUCCUUACUUACACAAUGUAACAUUGAUAAAUAUAUCUCAGG